UAAAGCGUGUGUUGGCGAGUUCUUUCUUCAAAUUCUGACGGGUUUACAAUAUUCUUGAAAUGGGGGAGAGCUUGAGGGAGAGGUGAAUUCUCCCAUGGCGAGCGCAGCACAGAGAGUCCAGGUUCUAGCGGAGUCGGGCGUUUCGCACGUGCCACCAUCAUAUGUGCAACCGCCCGAGCACAGACCCCUGGCCGGUUGUCGGCCCACUUUUUCCGGCGUACCGCUCGUCGACCUUCGCUGUUCCGGCGACGAUGUGCGUUGGGCGAUUGGGGAGGCGUGCCGUAAUUGGGGUGUGUUCCAGGUGAUAGGCCAUGGGGUUCCGUCGGAGCUGUUGGUGUCGAUGAGGCAGGUUGGGGCAGCUUUCUUUAGCCUACCGACGGAGGAGCGGAACAAGUUCGCCUGCGACCCAAAGGUUCCGGCAUCGGAGGGAUACGGCAGCCGUAUGUUGGCAUCCGAGAACGACGGGGUCCUGGAUUGGAGGGACUAUUUCGAUCACCAUACGCUGCCGGAAUCUCGUCGGAAACCUGAUCGCUGGCCGACCUACCCACCCAAUUACAGAAAAGUGGUUGUGGAAUAUAGCGAUCAAAUGAAGUUGCUUGCUCAAAGACUUCUUCAUUUGAUGUCGGAAAGUCUUGGCCUGCCAUCCUCGUACAUUGAAGACGCAGUUGGAGAAGCAUAUCAGAACAUCACAAUCAGCUACUAUCCACCUUGCCCACAGCCAGAUCUUGUUCUUGGUUUGCAGGCUCAUUCUGAUAUGGGUGCAGUGACUCUCUUGAUACAGGAUGAUGUUGGAGGGCUUGAAGCUCUAAAGGGUGAGGAAUGGAUCAAUGUGCAGCCGACAUCUGAUGCAAUUGUUGUUAUUCUUGGUGACCAAACAGAGGUCAUGACCAAUGGAGUAUACAAGAGUGCCGUUCAUCGGGCUAUUGUUAAUUCAAGACAAGCACGACUUUCUGUUGCAACCUUUUAUGAUCCCUCGAAGCAGAAGAGAAUAUCUGCUGCACCAAUGCUUGUAUCUGAGAGCUCCCCUAUCCGGUAUCGAGAUGUCUUGUAUGGUGAUUAUGUUUCUGCAUGGUAUGGAAAAGGCCCAGAUGGCAAGCGGAAUAUCGAUGCACUUCGUAUUAACCAGUGAACCUGUCUUGAAGAAUUUCUUCAAGGAUGCUUCAAGAUCUUCAUGAUCUCGAUCAAAGAAGUGCGGUACAUUUAGCUCAGCUUGGAGUUUUCAUAUCUCAGGUGUAAUCUGUUCAUUGCAAAGGUCAUCGCUGUUGGGCAAGAUGCAUGCAACAUCACAGAUCCUUACAGUUGAGACGUUUUAGUGAAGAUUUGCUCUGCACAUGGGUCCAUGGCAAAUAAAGUUCGAUUCUGAUAUAUAAUCAAUAAUCUUUAUUCCCCUUCUCUUUUGUUGUAUGGCUAAAGCUAGCGUUAUUUUUUAGCCAGUAGUAAAAUUGAAUAAUACCUUGAUAACUUUGGUGUCAGUUAUUAUAAGGUUACGAAUGUGGUUAUUCCAAGUUAAAUUGUUA